CCCGCUGGAUGGAUCCUCUCACUUGUUAACUGAGGACUCGAUCUUUAGGGAAACUCUGAUUCUGUUUGGAAGAGUUGGGAUUUUGUUCCCCCCUCCACUUUUACCGAUGUCAGUUGAUUUUGUGGAGAGUCGGCUCUGAAAGUGAGGAGGACUACUUUGAAGACUUCACGAUGGCGGCAGGAGUAGCAGCGUGGCUCCCUUUUGCCAGGGCAGCAGCCAUCGGCUGGAUGCCCGUCGCCAACUGCCCCAUGCCUGUUGCCCCGAAGGACAACAGUAAGAGACAGGACGAACUGAUCAUCCUCAAUGUUAGCGGCCGUCGCUUUCAGACCUGGAGAACCACUCUGGACCGCUACCCCGACACCCUGCUGGGCAGCUCUGAAAAAGACUUCUUUUACAAUGAGGAAAUCAAGGAGUACUUCUUUGACCGGGACCCUGAUGCCUUCAGAAGCAUCCUGAACUUCUACCGGACAGGGAAGCUCCACUACCCCCGCCACGAGUGCAUCUCAGCCUACGAUGAAGAGUUGACCUUCUUCGGCAUCAUCCCCGAGAUCAUCGGCGACUGCUGCUAUGAAGAGUACAAGGACAGGAAGAGGGAGAAUAUAGAGCGACUGCAGGAUGAUCAGGAGGAGAACAAGGACAUGAAGCUGCCCAACAUGAACUUCAGGGAGACCAUGUGGCGGGCCUUUGAGAACCCCCACACCUCCACCAUGGCCCUGGUCUUCUACUAUGUCACUGGAUUCUUCAUCGCCAUCUCGGUCAUCACUAAUGUGGUGGAGACGGUGCCCUGUGGUUCCACUGCCAACCAGAAAGACAUGCCAUGUGGUGAACGCUACACUGUGGCGUUCUUCUGCAUGGACACCGCCUGCGUCAUGAUAUUCACAGUGGAGUACCUGUUGCGCCUGUUUGCCGCGCCUAGCCGCUACCGUUUCAUGCGCUCGGUGAUGAGCAUCAUCGACGUGGUGGCCAUCUUGCCGUACUACAUCGGCCUGGUGAUGACCAACAACGAGGACGUGAGCGGCGCCUUUGUGACGCUGCGCGUGUUUCGAGUGUUCCGCAUCUUCAAGUUCUCCCGCCACUCGCAGGGCCUGCGGAUCCUGGGUUAUACACUCAAGAGUUGUGCUUCAGAGCUGGGCUUCCUCCUCUUCUCACUCACCAUGGCCAUCAUCAUCUUCGCCACGGUCAUGUUCUACGCAGAGAAGGGCUCCAGCUCCAGCAAGUUCACCAGCAUCCCAGCCUCCUUCUGGUACACUAUUGUCACCAUGACGACGCUGGGGUAUGGAGACAUGGUGCCAAAGACGAUCGCCGGGAAGAUCUUCGGCUCCAUCUGCUCCCUAAGCGGCGUGCUGGUGAUUGCUCUGCCCGUCCCCGUUAUCGUCUCCAACUUCAGUCGCAUCUACCACCAGAACCAGAGAGCGGACAAACGGCGGGCUCAGAAGAAAGCCAGACUGGCCAGGAUAAGAAUAUCCAAGUCCGGCAGCGCCAACGCCUUCCUCCAGAGCAAACGCAACGGACUGCUCAACGAGCUGCUGGAGCUGACGGAUACAGAAGAGGAUGAGCAGAAGCUGACUAAGUCCACCUCUCUGUUAGAGAGUCAACACCACCACCUACUGCACUGUCUGGAGAAAACCACUGCUCAUGAGUUUGUCGACGAGCAGAUGUUCGAGCAGAACUGUUUAGAGACGGCGCUGCAGACCUACCCGUCACGCAGCCCCUCUAUAUCCAGCCACGACAGCUCUGUGGGUACCUGCUGUGGCCGCAGGGUGAAGAGAAACACUCCUCUGCCCAACGCCAGCCUGCCCUCCACCCACCCCGUCCCAACACACCAGAGCCCCCUGCAGGAGCUCAGUGCCAUCCACAUACAGUGUGGUGACCCACCGUCACACACCGCCAGUCGUUCGAACCUCAACCUGAAAACUGAUGAAAGCGGCAGAAUCAAUUGCAAAAGCAGCCGAAUCACCACAGCGAUCAUCAGCCUGCCUUCACCCCCCGCUCUGACCCCUGAUGCCGAUGGCCUCCGCGGACCCCUACAGAGGAGGCCGCCCCCACCGCCGGGUCACCCAGCAGCACCGAGCAUCCAGACCACAACAAGCUCAGCUGGCACCAACAUCGUCAAAGUCUCUGCUCUGUGA